AUGAACUAUCAGAAAAUAAAGUCAGUGUGUUAUCGGCUUUCCGUGGUUAGUCAAUACUUUUUCUUCAAAUUAAUCGGAUUGUCGCCUUGGUCAAUCGACGCUUCUGAAAUAAUUUGCAGAAACCGAAGAAUUGAAAGUCACAAUUUUAAAUGCAGUUUUUCAUACGUUGGAAUUUGUUACAAUCUUUUAUUUAUAACUGUCACUUUAAUAGUGUACAAUAUUUUGUAUAUUUUCUAUUCAUCGCUAAUUAGUGGCCUAGAACAUGCGAGAACAUUUGAAGUACCUUUUUCGUUUUUGUCAAUGCUAUGUGUAAUUUCAAUAAUAGUGAUUUACAUGAUUCGGCAGAAGUUAUUAAUUAAUUUAAUCAACAAUCGGCUACAAAUGGUGGACAAAAAUCUAAGUAGUUGCGCCGAUUACGACAUCAAAUAUGAUUACACCAAUGAUUUGAUAUUUUACACAAAUUUAUUCUUUAUAAGUUCCAUACUGCUAGCACUGCAAUUGUACCGCAAGUCAGUUCCAAUAAUUAUUUUUAUGAAUUUACCCAAUUUUUUAAUAAUUUGGCCUCUGAUUCAUUAUUUAAUGUUUAUAAAUAUGAUAAAAUUACGAUUUGAGGGGAUCAAUUCAACACUUUUAAAACUAGGAACUUACGAAAGUAAAAUACUGCGUUCCCGCGAAUUAGUUUUGAAUGAUAUUUCAAGCUUAAAACGCGCAUAUGUGGAAAUUUGUAAAGGAUGUGAUGAUAUCGUUAGUUUUUUUGGAAUUCCUGUUUUCAUUGUCAUUUUCAUCCAAUCGGUCAGAUCAGUUCGUAACUUAUACUUCAUAACAAUUGAAUUAAUCACAUCUUUGAAAAUUAAGUUUAUAAUUUGCUUUGCUAUAUCCGGCGUAUUGCAUACUACAAUUCUCUUUAUACUUUUGACAACUGCAGUAACUAAAGUGAUUAAACAGAAUAAAGAAACUUUGAGAAUUAUAAACUUGCUAAGAGAUCGAUUUUAUAUGGAUGAAGAAAUAUUCGAAAACCUGCUAAAGUUUUCUUCUCAUUUGACGUACCUGACCGUUGAAUUUACCUGCUGUGAUAUCAUACCACUAGAUCGCACUUUUUUGGCAAUGAUUUAUGGUACUACGGCAACGUAUUUGGUGAUUGCUGUUCAAUUCUACAUCAAUGCAGUUACCCAUUAAU